GAAGAAAUACAGCUGACGAUUCCAGUGAGGUUAGGGAAGACCUCGAUAUCCACGUUCCUCUUUGACUAUCUCCAAAAGUUAUACCUGCUGCAACUCCACUAACAUCUACAUAACCAUCUCUAACACUUAACUCACGAGAGAGAUAUAUUUCUUAUCCUUCCCACUUGGCGCCGCCUCAGAGAAACAGAAACAAAAAUGGCAAAAGAUGAUGACCGGUUUAGACCGGCUCAAGAAGGCCACUAUGAACCGCUUUUUGCGACCAGGAGAAGAACCGGAGGACUGAUCGCGUUUCGGGCUUUCGCAGCCUCGGUUUUUGCGUGCAUCUGUUGUAUUUGGUUCUACAGAGUAACCGUACCGUUAGAGAUCGAUGAGAACAAGACCGGUUUCUUUCGGUUUAUCUGGUUGGUUAUGCUAAUUUUGGAGAUUUGGUUCGGUUUGUAUUGGGUAGUGGUACAAUCUCUCCGUUGGAAUCCGGUUUGGCGAUCAACCUUCACCGAGCGUCUCUCCCGGAGAUACGGUAACGAUCUGCCAAGGCUCGACAUAUUCGUUUGCACGGCGGAUCCGGUGAUCGAGCCGCCGUUGAUGGUGGUCAACACAGUCUUGUCCGUGACGGCUCUCGACUACCCACCGGAGAAACUAGCCGUGUAUCUCUCGGACGACGGUGGCUCUGAGCUCACGUUCUAUGCUCUUACGGAGGCAGCUGAGUUUACUAAAACAUGGGUUCCUUUCUGUAAGAAGUUCGACGUGGAGCCGAGAUCUCCAGCUGCUUACUUUUCUUCCAAGUCAAAUGGUCUUGGUUUUGCUGCGGCGGAGGAGGUGGCUGAGUUGUAUCGAGAGAUGGCGGAUAGGAUUGAAACGGCGACCAAACUGCGGCGAGUACCGGAGGAGGCGCGGUUGAAGUACAUUGAAGGGUUUUCGCAGUGGGAUUCAGACGCAACUCAAAGAAACCACGCAACCAUUCUGCAAAUUUUGGUAGACGGAAGAAAGAAGAAUACAGUAACGGUACCAACGUUGGUGUAUCUGUCUAGAGAGAAAAGACCUGAGCAUCAUCAUCACUUCAAAGCUGGAUCCAUGAACGCGUUGAUUAGGGUUUCUUCGAAGAUAACUUGUGGGAGAAUCAUACUAAACUUGGAUUGUGAUAUGUACUCAAACAACCCAAAGUCUGCACGCGAAGCCCUCUGCAUCCUACUUGAUGAGAAAGAAGGAAAAGAAAUUGCUUUCGUGCAGUUUCCACAGUGUUAUGAGAAUCUUACAAGGAAUGAUUUGUAUGGAAGCAUGAUGAGAGUAAUAGCGAAUGUGGACUUUAAUGGAUUGGAUGGAAACGGCGGACCGUUAUACAUUGGGACUGGCUGCUUUCACAAGAGAGAUGUGAUCUGUGGAAGAAAGGAUGGAGAAGAAGAAGAAUCUGAUAAAAUUCAAGAAAUUGUAGAGCCUGAGAUGAUCAAGACUCUUGCGAGCUGCACAUAUGAAAAAGACUCUCAAUGGGGAAAGGAGAUUGGUGUGAAAUACGGUUGCCCAGUAGAGGAUGUAAUCACCGGUUUAGCGAUUCAAUGCCGCGGAUGGAAGUCUGCGUACCUGACCCCUAAAAAGGAAGCUUUUCUUGGGGUUGCGCCGACCAAUUUGCAUCAAAUGCUUGUGCAGCAGAGGAGAUGGUCGGAGGGUGACUUUCAGAUCCUGCUUUCAGAGUAUAGUCCGGUUUGGUAUGCCCAAGGGAAGAUCGGUUUAGGCUUGAUUCUUGGUUAUUGUUGCUAUUGUCUCUGGGCCCCAAGUUCAGUACCUCUUCUUGUUUACUCUGUUUUGACUUCUCUCUGUCUUCUCAAAGGCAUCCCUCUGUUUCCAAAGGUCUGGAGCUCGUGGUUUAUUCCGUUUGGAUACGUGACUGUUGCAGUUAAUGCUUACAGCCUAGUCGAGUUCUUGUGGGUUGGAGGAACUUUACGUGGAUGGUGGAACGAGCAAAGGAUGUGGCUUUACAGAAGAACAAGUUCGUUCCUUUUUGGAUUCACGGACACAAUUCUGAAGAAACUUGGGGUUUCUGAGUCUGGGUUUGUGCUCACAGCGAAAGUAGCAGAAGAAGAAGCAGCAGAGAGAUACGAGAAAGAGGUAAUGGAGUUUGGUGUGGAGUCUCCGAUGUUUCUCGUCCUCGGAACACUCAGCAUGCUCAAUCUUUUCUGCUUUGCUGCAGCGAUUAUGAGACUGGUGAUGACUUCUAGAGAGGCUGGAGGAGAUUUACAGUCAAUGGGUUUGCAGUUUGUGAUAACAGGAGUGCUUGUGGUGAUAAACUGGCCUUUAUACGAAGGCAUGCUGUUGAGGAAAGACAAAGGGAAGAUGCCAUUGAUCGUGACAGUUAAAUCAGUUGUCUUAGCUUUAUCUGCUUGCACUUGUAUUGUGUUUCUGUAAGGAAAAAGAGUUCAAAAUAAAUGCCAGCUGUUAUAUAUAGAUAUAUACAUCCAUUUGAGAGAGAGUCUUCUUGUUUCUUUGUAUGCUUCAUAUAUUCCCAUUUACA